UGUAAUUUAGAUUUGUUCUCUUCAAACUUGCACCAAUCAAUAUUUCUAGCUCUUAGCAUUGUCUAAUAUACAAUUUUAUUGUAUGCAGGACAUGCAUCCUUUAGCUAGAUUCAUCUUUGUUUGAUGUAGUUCUUUGUGAUCUGAAAGCAACUGACUACUCAAUACCAAUCAGUGCAUGGAGGGAACUCCUGUCCACCACGCCGGCGACAGGAACAUGGAAAACGCAGUCCACGGUGCCACCAAUGAACAAGAGCUGAUCAGCCCAAAGUCUAUGGUUAAUGCCAUUCUUGGUAACAUUGGUCUGCCUGAUGCAAAACAAACAAGGACUACAAGAACUACAAUGGACGUGACUGCUUGGCCUCUCGUUUCGAUUAGCCUAUCAUUAAAGUUGGAAACACCAGAAUUGACGCUUGCGUAUGAGUGUGUACAGGUUGUCCUUAGGAUUUUCUUUGUAGCAAACUCGCUGGAUUGUGGAUUGGUUUCCUAGGCCAUUGUUCUUUGUACAAUACUUGAAGCGAUCUGCUCGUGUGUGUGACUUUGUCCGAUGAUUAGGCUUUAGAUUUUCUGCUGGUUUAUCUUAUGAUUCAUGGUAGCAUUUGAUUUUUUUUUCAAUUACUAUGUCUCAAUUGUCGAACAGGACAGUAAGAAUCUAAUAAAACUCUUGCACAACAAAGAUUGUUGUCCUUUAGUUACCCAGACCUUUGUUUUCAUGGUA